CUCUGCCCUCGGCGGCCGCUCCGUCCGCGCCGUUCCCUGCCUCGCCUGGCGGGGCUAUGGCCACUUCCAGUCCCGGUCGGCAGCCGCAGUAGCUGAUCGGUCCUGUCUGAACCAGCACUGUCGUCAUCAUCCUUUGCUUGGCACAUGGAGUACUAGCUGUGAGGAACUGGUUUCUUUUCUGUCAUCACGGCUUGAUUCCCCACCUGCUACCUCUUGCCCCAUCUAUCCAUAGGCAGCAACGGAGGAACAGGUGAAACUGGAAUUGGGAAAUCAACCUUGAUCAACAGUUUGUUUAACACCAGUUUUGAUGACCCUGUGUCAACGCAUUUUCUGCCAAAUGUGGGACUUAGAGCCCAGACUUAUGAACUCCAAGAAAGUAAUGUUCUUUUGAAGCUGACCAUUGUAAAUACAGUGGGAUUUGGUGACCAGAUAAACAAAGAAGAUAGAGCUCUCUCAUGUACAGUACUUCAUCCUCAGAAGAUAAAGGAGGUCCUAUUUCUUGGUGCUGCUAUCAGCCAAUAGUGGAUUAUAUAGAUGCACAAUUUGAAGCCUAUCUGCAGGAAGAACUGAAAAUUAAACGUUCUUUAUUUAGCUACCGUGAUACUCGCAUCCAUGUCUGCCUCUAUUUCAUUUCACCUACAGGCCAUUCCCUAAAAACCCUAGAUUUGUUAACCAUGAAAAGCCUAGACAGCAAGGUGAACAUUAUACCAAUUAUAGGCAAAGCAGACAGCAUUUCUAAAACCCAACUACAGAAGUUCAAAAGCAAAAUCAUGAGUGAAUUAGUUAGUAAUGGCAUCCACAUAUACCAGUUUCCAGCUGAUGAUGAAGCCGUUUCUGAAAUUAAUACCAUGAUGAAUGGGCAUUUGCCAUUUGCCGUAGUAGGAAGUACUGAAGAGGUGAAAAUUGGAAACAGAAUGGUGAGAGCUCGUCAGUACCCUUGGGGCGUUGUAGAAGUUGAAAAUGAGAACCACUGUGACUUUGUAAAGCUUCGUGAGAUGCUUAUUUGCACAAAUAUGGAAGACUUAAGAGAGCAGACUCAUGCACAACAUUAUGAGUUGUACAGACGCUGCAGACUGGAAGAGAUGGGUUUCAGAGACAUUGGCCCUGAGAACAAACCAGUCAGUCUACAGGAAUCCUAUGAGGCAAAGAGGCACGAGUUCUACUUUGAACUGCAAAGAAAAGAGGAGGAGCUGAGACAACAGUUUGUGCAGAGAGUGAAGGAGAAGGAAGCCAUAUUGAAAGAAUCAGAGCAACAGAUGCAGAGUAAAUUUGAACAACUUAUGCUAAUGCAUCAAGAAGCGAAGCUGGAAUUAGGGAAAAAGAAAAAAGUUCUAGAAGAUCAAAUAGCUAUGUUUAUUGAGAAGAAAGCUAAUGCUGAAUUACUCCAAUCACAAGCAUCUGUCUCUACCCCUGUUGUUAGUCUGAAGAGAGACAAGGAUCGCAAAAAUUCCAACUUUAUAUAAUACUGACGAUAGAAGAAACAAUACUGGUAACUUGAGGAGGCAGUGAUUCACAGUGUGCUUUUGGAGGUGUCGGAGUUGCAGUUUCUUACUAAAGGAUUUGGAAAAUAUCUCUUGUUGCUGCGUGCUGCAAAAGAAGAAUUUUUCAGUAUGAUCUGUACACAUACGGUGCAGCGAUUACUGUCGUUGCCAUCAUGGACUUUCUGUUACGAGUCUGCCUUGAUACGCGCUUGCCUUACGUAUGUGUGGCCAACUUGCUUUCGUUUUAAAUGCAUUGUACCAAAGAAAAUGUCCCUGCCGUAAACAGUUCCAUUCAUAAUAUGAAUGCUGUAGUACAAAAGUAUUCAGUGAAUAUAUCCACUGUAAUCUUUCUAAAGACUUAUUUUCAUAUGGCAUGGUAUAUUAGUCUACUAAAAAUUAUUUAAUACAACUGUAUACAACUGACGUAAUUCAACUAUUUACUGAUUUUGUUGACAGCUUUUUGUUUAUAGGCUUUUAUGUACAAGCGCUCUCCUAAAUUUCAGAAAUGAUCUUUCUAAACAAAAUUUAUUGAGAGAUUUUUGCAGUGCUGUACUGUUGCAUGGUAGUUAAUCUGUCAUUACUAACUUGAUAUGGAAAGUACCUAUAACUUUCUGAUGAUUGUGGCUGUGGUGUUCAGUUACAGCAGAGGCUGAACUUACAAAAACUAACUACACAAGCUUCAGGUUAAAACAAGCUUAAAAUAUUUUUUACGUUUUCAGUAGCCAUGAUAACUAAUGGGAAAGUCUGAGAGGUGCAGUUCUCUGAAGUUGUUUUGUGUGACUUUGUAAAAAUGAAAUACUAACUUGAUAGAAAUAAAACACAUCGGUUUUA